AUGCUCGCGAGGGCUCCUCCACGUCCAUGCUCCACCGGCGGCGAAGUUGCCGGCUACGAGCAGAGCGCGUGGUGGCCUGGCGGCGGCGUUGGGCUUGCACAAGGAGCAGCGAGGUGCCCGGGACGACCAAGAGCCGCCGCCGGCGUCAGGAUGGUCGCAGCGAGGCCGGGGCCCAGGACGACGACGGUCGUGGCAGCGGCCGCCGGCGAGAGGAGGACGGCGGCGGGGUCCGAGCCGGCGUCGGCAGAGGCAGCUAAUGGGUCGUCGUCGGCCGUUGCAGGUACGGUGGUAGCAGGAAAUGGAAACCCAGAUUAUGGAAUCGUUUAUUCUGCUCAUUCACUGCAGCAGGAGGAUUAA